UAAUAGUGCAUUUUUGAUUGAAUCAGUUAAUUUAUUAACAUGUACAUAAACAUGUAAUGUAUAUAAACAAAUGUUUUGACACAUUUAAACUCAUUGUGUUUAAACGGCUCAAACAAAAUGUCCAAAAACUACAACAAGUUAUCGGUUUUCAAGAAGAGCACUGAUUUCCGAGAAGCGGUUCGAGUGGUGUCCGUCCCUCUCAACCCACCAAACGAUGAUGAGGUGCUCGUGAAGACCAUCUAUGCCGGUGUGAACGCCACUGACAUCAACAUCAGUGCCGGCAGAUAUGAUCCCAACUCGCAGUUGCCUUUCGAUGUCGGACUCGAGGCGUUGGGAAUUGUAGAAAGUGUUGGCAAAAAUGUGACCACUUUUAAAGUGGGACAAAAUGUGCUCACAUUUGGAGGCCCUAGGACAUAUGCUGAAUACAUUUACGCCAAACCCGAUGAGUUGAUACCAAUUCCUUCUCUGAAACCUGAAUUUAUCGGUCUAUUAGUCUGUGGUUUGACCGCAACUAUAGGUUUGGAUGAGUUGGGUCGCAUUCAAAAGGGAGAUAAAGUGUUGAUCACAGCCUCCGCCGGAGGAACGGGUCAUAUAGGGAUCCAAUGGGCCAAACAGAAGGGCGCGUAUGUUAUUGGGUUGACCUCAUCCGAGGAAAAGGCAAAACUAUUGAAAGAGUUGGGAACCGAUCGAGUGAUCAAUUAUAAGACCGAGAAUUUGGAUGAAGUGCUCACUAAAGAGUUUCCGGUUUUAUAUUGAUUUAUAUAUUGAUUAAAAUUG